AUGUCUCAUAUCUAUAAUCAAACCGAUCACUCAGUGAUAUCAUCAACAGCUGCUUUGCUCCACCAAUGUUCAUUAAAUGAUGGUCCACCAGAAAGCCAAGCGAUAGCCUCGAUGCCAAAUCGAUUGCAUACAAGUGUUUCAGAGUCAGUUCUUUGUAAAAUACAUAGGCGGAAUGCAGUGGGCGAUUUAUCUGAAGGUAUCGAUGCAAAAAUCUUACAACAGUUGCAAUCAUUCGUUUCAAGCCAAUGA